AUGGCAUUAGAAGGAGAUGAACUUUUUGAAAUGGGCUCAAAGAACCCAAAGGCCUCAGUCGACGUCGUUCAGGGUGGUAGGGUCCUCCUGCCUGCUCAGAUGGCCGAAGAACUGACCGAAGCCAUUACUAAGAGGGAUACCAGUUUGCCUUUUUCUUUCGCAAGAUGGAGCCACAUGUCGAGACAAUUUAGAAUGGUACCACAAACAGUCAUUGAAGACUUAUCUGGAAGUCGAGCGCCUGACAGCUCUGCACAGAAAAGACGUUCAAAUGCAGGCAAAAGAGGGAAAAAGCGAGCAAGGACUGUACAGAGCGAUGAGGACGAAGAGAUGCUGGACAACUAUGCAGAACGGCCAACUAGCCGACGAAAAUUACGGAGGAUAGGCAGUGCAAGUCACAGAAGAGAUGAACAGGACGAUAUCGAAGUGGAAGAGGAAUCUGACAAAGACUCUACUUACUUGCCUGAGCCCGUAGAAGGGUCUCAUCCGAUAACGAACGACGCGCAUAUUGCA